GGAGCGGUGGCGCAACGGUUAGCGCGCUACGCUGCGAACCCCCGGGCAAGCCGAGUUCAAUUCACGCUCGUGGGCCCAGCGACAUUUGGCGAAAAGUUCAACCGGUCCUGGGCCUCCCCUAGGUCGACUCAGCCUCAAAGGAGAAUCCUGGAGGAAUCCGAUGAGCUAUAAAGCUCUUUUUCACCGACGUUCACUAGGGGCGGGUCACAAAGUUACAUACAUACGUGCGUAAGCCGGGCACUUUAACAUUUCCGCUGCUGAACAUACAUGAAUGUGCUUUGUUAUCGCGAGAACACCAAUAACAAUUGCCAUCAUCAUCGUCGUCGUCGUUAUGGCUGUCGCUAAUCGAGAACGUUGCGCGCGUGCUCGUGUGCUCCGCCAGUUCUUCCUGUGCUCCGUCUACGUGCCCAUGUGCACCGAGAAGGUGGACAUCCCCAUCGGACCGUGCGGCAGCAUGUGCCUGGGCGUGAAGACGCGCUGCGAGCCCGUGCUCAACGAGUUCGGCUUCUCGUGGCCCGACAGCCUCAACUGCAGCCGCUUCCCGCCGCAGAACGACCACAACCACAUGUGCAUGGAGGGCCCCGGCGAGCAGGAGGACGGUGGCGGCGACGGCGUCGGCAAAGCGGACGACGGGCGGAAGAAGUUGACGUCGCUCGUCGGCGUCGGCGGCGGCGCCGGCGGAGACGAGCCGGAUGCUCGGCACGACGACGCCGACGGCGGCGGCGCCGUCGUAGUGGCGCCGAGUCCCGAGUGCCGGGACAUGGGCCCCAACUGGGAGCAGUACGUGUGGGUUCGUCGCGCCGGGCGCUGCGCCCUGCGCUGCGGCUACGACAAGGGCCUCUACGGCCGCCCAACCAAGGAGUUCACUGACCGCUGGAUGGCCGUGUGGGCCGGCCUCUGCUUCGUGUCGACCGCCUUUACCGUGCUCACGUUCAUGAUCGACUCGUCGCGCUUCUCGUACCCGGAGCGGCCCAUCAUCUUCCUCAGCUGGUGCUACAACGUCUACAGCGUGGCCUACGUGGUGCGCCUGGCCGUCGGCCGCGAGCAGCUCGCCUGCGACCUGGAGGACGCGGCGCCGGAGCCGUUCCUCAUCCAGGAGGGCCUCAAGAACACGGGCUGCGCCAUCGUCUUCCUCUUCCUCUACUUCUUCGGCAUGGCGAGCUCCAUCUGGUGGGUGGUGCUCACGCUCACGUGGUUCCUGUCGGCGGGCCUCAAGUGGGGCCACGAGGCCAUCGAGCGGCACAGCUCGUACUUCCACAUCGCCGCGUGGGCCGUGCCGGCGCUCAAGACCAUCGUCAUCCUCAUCAUGCGCCAGGUGGACGCCGACGAGCUCACGGGCCUCUGCUACGUGGGCAACCAGAGCCUGGAUGCGCUCACGGGCUUCGUGGUGGCGCCCCUCUUCACCUACCUCGUCGUGGGCACGCUCUUCAUCGCCGCGGGCCUCGUGGCGCUCUUCCGCAUCCGCUCGAACCUGCAGAAGGGCGGCGCCAAGACGGACAAGCUGGAGAGGCUCAUGGUGAAGAUCGGCGUCUUCUCGGUGCUCUACACCGUGCCGGCGACGUGCGUCAUCGCCUGCUACUUCUACCAGAUCUCCAACUGGGACCCGGCGAGGCGGGGCGCGCCCGGGGAGCCGAGCGCCGUCGCCGUCGAGAUGGUGCGCAUCUUCAUGUCGCUGCUCGUGGGCAUCACCUCGGGCAUGUGGAUCUGGUCGGCCAAGACGCUCGGCUCGUGGAGGAGGUGCUCCGGCAGGCUGGUGGGGGGCGCCCGCACCAAGAAGGACGCCAGGGGCUGCGUCGUCGUGGCGGCCGCGGCCGCGGCGUCCGGCGCCGUCGGGUGGCUCAAGCCGGGACAGGGGAACGAGACCGCCGUGUGACGUCGGGGGGACCGCUAGCGCCGCCGCCCCUGCUCUGCACCGUUAGCGCCGGAGGUUUGAAGAGUGCCGAGGGUGGCCGGCGUGGCUCUCGGCGUGUUUGCCGCGGCUGCCGGGAGCCUAUCAAAUGAAACUUUUAAACUGUUUUUUUAUUUUACCACUGAGUGAUGUAGCUCUUUUUCAGAAGCGACUUUGCCAAAAAUGAAGUGACUUGUCGCGGCCGAAUACUCUCAACGUGUGACGCUGGUUCUAAAUGUGGAGGGAAAAACUGGAAGACCCGUGGAAAAAUCCACGCGACCACGGGGAGAGAGAGACACGCAACCUCCAGAUACACAACAGCAGGCGUCGGAGUCGUGAUCGAUCCCACGACCUCCUGCAUAGCAGGCGAAGUAGUUAACAUCUCAGAUCCACUGUGGCGGCGUUUUGCUUCGUUGCAGUCGAGGGGAACAACGUUUCACGUUGGUGCGUCGCAUCAACAACAACAAUCAACAACAAAGCAACAUCUUCCCAGGACGUGCGUGCGUUUUUUUUUUACUUUACUCCUACAGAUAAAGUUUGACGUGAUGAAGAGCGAGCGUGCCGUGCUCGUGCUGGCCCGCCGGAGCCGGCGCCACGGCCGUCGUCGUCGUCGUUGGGACGUUAACGGGGGGGGGGGGGGGGAGGCCUCGCUGAAACAAACGGAACCCGACCGAGUAUUCCGCCACGGUGGCGUUCUUCGUUGCAAGGCCCGUGGGCCACCGGCGACGUGUGCGCCCCACCCCCCCACCCUCGAACACACCAUCACCAUCAUCAUCACCGUGCUGCUGUCAACCCCCCCCCCCCCCUGCUGCCCCGCAAUGGGUUAAAUCUGAGGCGAUCCUCUUCACCCUGAUGACGUCUUAUCAGCCAAAGUGCCAAACCCCCCCAAACUGCGCGACCCUCUCUCCCGUAGAGGAGUCGUCCAACGAACUUUCUCCCGCAGGAAUGAACUCGGUUUUGACGCGUUGUUCUUUAUUCUAUGACGAAUACGGAGCAGCCUGGCCGACGUGGCUGGCGCAGCGUGCGUUUCGUGAUUUUAGUUUUUUUACGUCGCUGGACAAAAAAAGAUUAUAUGUGAAAAAAAUAAAAAAUUGACAAAAGAUCGAAAGUGAUCGAAAGUGACCACGAGGAUCGAACCCCCGGGGGCCGCGGAUCGCCGCCGCCGCCGCGGUGUUGUGGAGAUCACCUCCCCGUGAGGACGUUGGAACAAAAAUCACGCGAGCCCCCUCCCGCCCGGUUAUCGACGGCAGUGGCGGCAAAUCCCUUCGCGUGGCUGCGACGCCCACCGCCCGCAGCACCAGCGAGCGCCUUCGCGUCAACACCGCGGCACUUCCCUGCGGGCCGAGACUCUGCAGGGCCGUAGUAUCAAGAGCGUCGGCUUUGGGAUUGACCAUGGUUGCUGAUGAUGGUGAUGGUCAUGAUGAUGAUGAUGGUGGUGGUGAGAUUUUUUGCGUGUGUUUAGUUUGUUGUCCUUGACAGCGCUCCCCCACCCACGCACCUCCGAUUAGCACGGUUGGCUAUGUACGGCGCGAAAGAAAUUCCAACACACUUACAUAACGUUACACAAAAACACACAACAGUGCCUUAGCCUGAGUCUUCCCAUUUGUCUCUGUGCCUUAUCGGAAGUUCCUUGACCGCCACCAUCCCCACCCUUCUCUGCCCUCCUUUGCCCUUCAUCUCGAAUUCAAUCGGCUCAAGCCUCCCCUGAACCACGUGACUCCUGCUUGGCCACCCCCACUCUGAAUCCCUCCCCUCUCCACGGCUAGCGACGCCCACUAUGAAAACAGACGCCGCUCCUCCGUGCAGCUCACUCCCAGCCUUGCUCCCUUCCUUCUCUCUUCCCCCCCACCUCCCUCUAUUCCCUCCCUUCUCAUCAUCAUCAUCCCUGACAUCUACAUUACAUCCGCGACUCUAUUCUCCUUCCCGCGGUGUGCCACAGGUACACAGUUUCACUUUCACAAGUGACCCCUCACUUCAUGCUCCUUCAACAACCCCCAAUCCUCAUUCCUUUCCUCCCAUUACCUUGCCUUGCGUCCUCCCUUUCUUUCUGUUCUCAUUCAUCGACCCGGACGCUCAUAAGAUGUCUUCAAUCCACCCCUUUUCUUUCGUUCACUAGCGUUCCUCCGCCGUCGAUGCCAUUAGACAUUUUUUUUCUCUCCAUUAGUCCUCUCCUCUGGGGCUAUUGCUCUCUGAUUCUUCCUCCUGGUCCACAUCUCAAAUGAUAUUGGUCGCGAUACAUAGAGAGCUUCAAAACUAAAAGUGCCUUACCCAGAAUACACCCACCGACCGACCGACCGACGUGCCUAAAGCCAGCGUAGUGCCUAUAUAAGGUGACAUUAUAUACACCUAUGUAUGUGGAACUUGUUUCCGCACGCUACCUAGCAAACCGUGCUCAUUGGAGGUGCGGCCGAAGGACAACAGACGAAACAUGAAAAGCAGUUUUGAAGAAAUGUGUUUUCAAUCGGGAUUUAAACGUGCCAUAGCUCCCAGCGAGUUCCUAAUAGCGGAAGGGAAGAGCGGUCCAGACGGCCGCAGAAGCGCAUCUGGUAAAGCGCUGCGAUGGUGACGAUGAUGCGGUGACCACCGCCUUUGUUUGACGGCCACCCAAAAGCCACCACCGCUCCUGCUGCUGCUGCUGCGAGGAUGGCCGGAGUUCACGCGAUGAUGGUUUAUACCUCCUGUGGUUUGAACCCGAUGGUUUUCAUCUUUGUGCGAUUUUUUUUCACGUUGGCUUUAGACACAAGGAGACCGUGUGUUUCGUAAUCAAAGAACAGAUGUGAUGACAAUGUUUUGUUGCCAUCGUUGUCAAUGACAGACGAUGUUGUUUUUGUUGGAUUAGAUCGCGUAAAUAUAAAUGUGUCGUCGUUAAACCCACCACCACCCGACGCAGCCAAUCAGCGAGGUCUGUCACUUUGAUAAAACGUGUCAAUUCGUUACUAGUUCAGCACACACCGGUUGCGUUGUGGAGAGUAAACCCGCAACAACAUUUAAAAGCCGAGUACUGUGACGUUUCACCGGUAAUUACACCUCAUCAAGAGGCUGGAUGUAAUUUCCAGCGAAACGUUGUAUUAAAAAAUUCAUCUUCUUGGUUAUUUUGGUAAAGUCACGUAGAAGGGAAAUGAUAAAAUAAUAAAAAUAAAACAUAAUAAAAUACAAUUCUCACGACGUUUCGGCCACAACGCAAGCAGCCGUCCUCAGGUGAAGAACAGGUCUGUCGGAAAGACAGCGUCUGAAUGAACACCACCAAGCUUGGCAGCGUAUAUUUAAGCUGCUGGGUUGGAGGAGGAAGGGCGCCUUGACAAAUUGCAUUUUAUGAUGUUUUAUUUGUAUUAUUUCCCUUCUACGUGACUUUACCGAAAGAACCAAGAAUAUGAAUCCCCGCAGUCACAAAAGCUUUAAAUCGAAAUCUAUUAUCGGUGUGGGUUAUUCACAGUUAAUCAACACACAAUAAUGCGCCACUGAUUAACUUCCAUCGUCGAAAUCGGUAAAAUGAACCACCGGCCGUCACGUGUGCACUACUUCGCGAUCCAAGCAUGCGUCCCAACGUCUUUCGUCUCAAGCCAGAGCGAGGGAGUCCCUGUUUGCGAAGAGUGACCUGGGUCAAAUAACAAAGUGGUAAAAAAAGCCCAACAACCAAAGUGAAGUUCGCCAUCGAAGCAGAUCGCAAUCGGCGCCGCAGAACGGCAGAGCCACGCGAGACUUUGAAAGCGAAUCAACGCCGCGUAGUAAACUGAUCACGGGACGAUUACACGAAUAAAGGAACUUGACCUAUAUAUUUUUAUUUUGCAAAGUAAGAUCCCACUGAGCUGUUCAGCUCUUUUUUCAGAAGCGCCCUGGCGGUCACAAAUGAUGGCAGAACUCACUGGCUUAUCAUCACGUGGACAUUGAUAGCAGCCAAACGCUCUAAAACGCGUGACGUUGAUGCUAAAAUGCGGAGGGAAAAACCAGAGGACCAGGAGAAAAAAUCCACGCGAGCGCGGUGAGAGAAAGAGAGAGAGAGAGAGGCACGCAAACUCCCAAGUACACAGCAGGCGUCAGGGCCGGGAUCGAACCCACGACAUCCUGCACACUAGACGAGGUGGUUAACAUCUCCCAGCCACCGUGAUGCAAUGUUCACCUUAGACACGUGUUAGGUGGUGACCGCUGUUCUCGCGGAUGGCGGUAGCAGCGUGGUUCAGGAGUUCGAUGCUCAUGUCGACGACUGCUGCUGGCCACGAGGGAAGGGGCUUCAGGAUAGAGAGAUCGAGAGAGUUUGUGCCAUGUAGGUGUUCCUACACGGUGUUUGGAGCGUAGACCACGGUGUGUUUAACCGUCGCGCCGAUCGUCCAAAGCGAUGGUGGGCGACGCCACGGCAGACAGCCACGCGCAGGAGGCCACUGGGCGCGCAAUCGAUCGCGUUUGGAACGCUAAGGGGACGAAAACAACAAUAACAACAACAACGCGUUUUGUGAAUAGUCGGCUGGCUGUCUCCCGGCUUCAUGGAAAUCAUGAAAUAUAUAUUAAUUUAUCUGAAUGUUUAUUGUGUAAAAGAAAAGAGAAACAAACGAACCCCGAAACAAACGUACGAGCAGGCAAACGAGCGUCACACAUUGUUCAUAUUGUACAGAUUAAGUUGUUGUUGUUGUCAUUUGCUGUUGUUGUUGUUGUUGUUGUGACUGUUGCCACUCAUCGUGCGUCGAGGUUUCUGCGGCCGUGCGCGCGCCGUGUUGCUGUGAGGUCCGACGUUUCGCCCACCCCCCCUUCCCCCCACGUAGCUGGGAGCUGCUUUUGUUGUCGUUGUUUUGGGUUUUUAAGGAACUGCUGCAGACGACGUGCGACGCGAAACGUCGGGCAAUGUUGCAAUGUUGUCCGACGACGACGACAACAAAAAUAAAGGGACUCCCUCACUGUCCCGAACGCACGUCGGAGAAGGCGAACUCCCUCGGUCAUCAUUUUAUUUUUAUUUUGUGUCAUCGUCGGAGCGAUGAGAAUCUUUGCCCGACCAUCUAUGCUCGUCCGCUUCGUAACUUUGUGGGAGGGGGGGAGGGUUGG